AUUUAUAAGCUGUGUUCCUCAUGGAGACCCUCAUGUCCCCACAAGGUCAAGGAUUUUGUAUAUUGCCAUUUUUGUGUGGACCCAUAAUGUGGGUAAUACCUGAUCCGCGCACACACACACACACACAGAUGUGAAUGGUCUGCAUCAGAACUAGUAACUGCUGUCUGUGGUGAACGACACGAGUCGUACGAAUGAACUCGAGCUGAUGGAUGUGAGCACAUUGUCUCAGUUUCAGUCGGAUCUCUGGCACUAGUUUUAGUAGUCAGCAUCAGUGCUGGUUAACUGAGGGUUAGUGUGAGGCUCGUGUGUGUUUUAUCGGCACACUCUGAACUUCAGUACUUGGUUUGCUGUCAUCACUAUGAGCACUAGGACUGGUUAUGGUAAUGGUUAGUGUGAGGUGCACAUAUCUCUGCACAUUCCUUUCUGUGUGCGACACUUUCUCCUCCAGCAGUGAUAACGCUCGAGUGUUUCUAAACGGGGAAGCGUCUCUGAUAAGGUCCGUUCCGGAGCAGAAACUGGUCAGUUGGACUGAAGCGUCGCUCCGGUCGGCUGCGUCCAGCGCUGAGCUCUGAGUUUGUGUUUCAGUCAUGUCUGCCGCUGAGGAAGCUGCUGGACAGAUGGACGGAGGUGUGGAGCUGACCGCUGAGGAUUCUCCAGCAGCUGUCACAGCCGAUCCAGGUCUUCAUCCAAGUUCUGAUCCAAAACCUGAUCCGAGUUCUGAUCUGAAUCCUGAUCUGAAUCCUGAUCCGAGUCCUGAUCCAAAACCUGAUCCGAAUCCUGAUCCGAGUCCUGAUCUGAAUCCUGAUCCGAGUCCUGAUCCGAAUCCUGAUCCGAAUCCUGAUCUGAAUCCUGAUCUGAGUCCUGAUCUGAAUCCUGAUCCGAGUCCUGUUCCAAGCUCAGCAGCCCAUGAGGAGAUCAUGACGCGUGUGGACGUCACACAGAUCACGUGUGUUCAGACUGUGUCCGAAUGUCACUCUGAGCUGAAGGCGACUGAGAGUCAGAGGACCACAGACGUCACCGGCACUCAGACGGAGAGGAAGAAUACCAACGGCAGGAAGAAGCUGGUGAACGGUGUGUGCUCGUGUGUUCCUGAAACAUUAGAGAUUCUACACGCUAAACACGCCUCACAGCUGAACAGUGAGCUGCUGUACCGUGAGGAUGGACGCAGGGAUCUGUGUGUCAAUCUGUACUCGCUGAUGCCCGACACGCCAGACACGGAGUUCGCUAGAGAGAUGAGCGAUCUUCAGAGUGAGGUCAGAUAUAAAGAGGACGGGAGGAAGAAGCUGUCGUGUAGUCUGUACUCUCAGCUGCCCGACACGACUGACACACAACACGCCAAACGCAUGACGGAUCUGCAGAGCGACAAUAAAUACAAAGAAGCUGGCAGAAAAAACGCUUCCACAUGUCUGUACUCACAACUGCCUGAAACCCUGGAGACUCAACACGCUAAUGUGUGUGAUGUAUAA